AUGGAAGAAGAUGAAACUUUACAGCGUGAAAUGGAGAGGGCAAAAACUGAAACACAUCCUACCCCUGAGAUCAGUCGUCGAGUAUCAGUUAGUGAGUUCCUUUGCCACUGCUGUUAUGACAUUCUGGUCAAUCCCACCACCCUGAACUGUGGGCAUAGUUUCUGUAGACAUUGCCUAGCCUUGUGGUGGGUAUCAUCCAAGAAGAAUGAAUGCCCCGAAUGCAGAGAAAAAUGGGAAGGAUUCCCCAAAGUCAACGUCCUCCUCAGGGAUGUUAUUGAAAAGCUAUUUUCUGAUGCCAUUGAACAAAGAAAAGAAGAUAUUCAACAAAACAGUGAUGUAGCACGCAGCUUAGCAACCUUCCAAAAAUAUGGGAAUGACCAGAUCCCUACAGUUCCUCACACAGGAAGAAUUAAUCCUCGAGGAGGAGGGUUUUUCUCAGGCGUUCUGACAGCUUUAACCUGUGUAGCAGUAGUUCUACUUGGAUAUCACUGGAGUAGCAGAGAAUUUGAAGAAGAUCAUCUUGUCCACAAGCCUGUUGCUAAAUGGACUGCUGAGGAAGUGAUACUUUGGCUAGAGCAGCUGGGCCCAUGGGCUUCACAUUAUAAAGAAAGAUUUUUACUGGAGAAAGUGAAUGGAAGACUACUUCUAACACUGACAGAGGAGGAUUUCAUGAAGGGGCCUUACAGUAUAGAGAACAGUAACCAUAGAAAAGCUGUUAUAGCAGAACUGGAAUGUGUGAAAACUUUAGGCGUUAAACCACCACAGAACCUUUGGGAAUAUAAGGCAGUAAAUCCAGGAAAAUCACUCUUUCUUCUUUAUGCACUGAAGAGUUCUCCAAGACUCAGUAUGUUAUACCUAUAUUUGUUUGAUUACGCAGAAGCUUUCCUACCUUUCAUUCACACAAUUUGCCCUACACAAGAAGACAAGUAUGAAGAUAUUGUCACAAAACUACUAGACCUUAAAGAUCCUUCUUGGAAACAGUGGAGAGAAUUCAUUGUCAAGUAUUUAUUUUUGCCAUACCAGUUGAUAGCUGAAUUUGCUUGGGAUUGGCUGGAUGUGCACUAUUGGACAUCAAGAUUUAUAAUUGUAAAUGCCAUGUUGCUCUCUGUUCUGGAAUUACUCUCCCUUUGGAGGCUCUGGUCAAGAAGAGAAUUGAAGACUGUUCCUCACAGAAUGUGGAAACAUUUCUGGAAAGUCUCAACCCAGGGUCUUUUCGUUGCCAUUUUUUGGCCUUUUAUUCCUCAAUUUGUCUGCAAUUGUUUGUUUUACUGGGCCUUGUACUUUAACCCGAUUAUAAACAUUGAUCUUGUGGUUAAAGAAGUAAGGCGUCUGGAGACACAAGUGCAGUGACUGGCAUUGGAACUUCUGAGCUGUUUAGCUUCCAAAAAUGGACUCUUGAAAUAAGUUUGCAUUUCUUCUUUAUGUAUGUAGCAGUGAAAGUGGUGGAUUAUGUUAACUUAAACACACAAAAAAGCCUUAACGUAAGUUACUCUUAAACCAGCUGAUACUAAAUCUGAGGAUGGGCUUUAUUAUCCAAAAGGAAUCUUCUACUGAAAAAAAAAAAAAAUUACACUCCUGAUUUAGC